CGUGGAACUAGGGACCGGCCAAUGGGGCCGAGGCUGGUGGCGGUUGAAGUUUAAACUCUCGAACGGAGAGGGCGAGCUGGCGGCUGUUGGGACUUAGAUACGGAGGAGCAGAGCGGAGCUGGUGUCCGUGGCCCGCAGGCCUGCGGUUGCCGCACUGGGAGAGGUCACCAUGUCGCAGGAGUGGAAUGAGUGGGAACUGAGUAAAGAGAAUGUGCAGCCCCUGAGACAGGGGCGAAUCAUGUCUACCCUGCAGGAAGUCUUGGCUCAGCAGGAGACUUCCAGCCACACAGCUAUUCAGCAGCAAAAACAGGAAUUUGAAUCUGAAAUCCGCUUUUACUCUGGAGAUGAUCCACUGGAUGUCUGGGACAGGUACAUCAAAUGGACAGAGCAAACAUUCCCUCAAGGUGGAAAAGAAAGCAACCUCUCAGCAGUGCUGGAGAGAGCUGUAAAAGCACUGAAUGAGCAGCAGAGAUACUACAAAGACCCUCGCUAUCUCAGUCUCUGGCUCAAAUUUGGAAACUACUGUAGUGAACCAUUGGACCUCUACAGUUAUCUACACAGCCAGGAAAUUGGCACAUCGCUGGCGUUAUUCUACAUCACAUGGGCAGAGGCGCUUGAGGCGAGAGGUAGUUAUAAGAAAGCAGAUUUAAUAUUCCAGGAAGGGCUUCAGCGCAGGGCUGAGCCUCAAGACAAACUACAGUCCCAUCACAGGCAGUUUCAGGCCCGGGUCUCUCGACAGACCCUGCUGGGACUUGAGCAAGAUGAGGAGGAGGAGGAGUUGGAUCUUCCUGUUAUCACUGAAACCCAAAGGAGCUCACUGGCGGAACUGAAAGGCAAGGGGAAGAAAAAUGUGAGAGCCCCAAUCAGUCGAGUAGGAGAUGCUCUUAAAGCUGCAAACCGAGGCCGAAGCUUCCAGAACUCAACAUCUCAACAGGUGUCAAAUGGCCCAAAUUUUGCUGUGUUUGAUGAAAACACAGCCUCAGUCUCCAGAGCUGAGCUUCCUGUACUUACACCACAGCCAUGGGCAGCACCCCCAACAGGAAGGGCCAAAGAAAACGAACUGAAGGCAGGACCAUGGAACUCAGGCAGACGUCCUCGCAGUAACAUGAAAUCUGGUGUAGAGGUGCCCUGUAUGCUGCCCAGUUUUACCCCAUAUGUGGAAGAGUCUGCACAGCAACAAGUCAUUACUCCCUGCAAAAUUGAGUCCAGCAUAAAUCAUGUUUUAAGUGCUCGGAAGCCUGGGAAGGAAGUGGAUCCACUACAACGGGUGCAAAACCAUCAACAGGACGCUCAGGAGAAGAAAGAGGUUGCAAUGUAUUGUAAAGAGAGAGUUUACGCUGGAGUAGAGGAGUUCUCCUUGGAAGAGAUCCGAGCUGAAAUAUAUAGAAAGAAAGCAAAAAAGAGAAGGGAAGAUGAGUUUCAUGCCAUAGCACAGCAGACAGCAGAGAUGCAGAGGCGGAUUGAAGAGCUGGAGAAGAAGCUGAAGGAGAAAGAUGAUGACCAGCAGAAGAGAACAUCUGAGCAGCCAACAGAAGAGAGGGAGCCUGCAAGAAUGGAAUCUGUUUUGGUGGGAGCUUCAGAGCCUCUUGAAGCAGAAGGAGAAGUUGCUUUCCCCAGCGCAGUAACACUCACUGCAGAAUCUCUUGUGAAAAAACUGACUGGAUUGCAAAGUGAGUCCCAGUUGGCAGAAAAUGCUCAACAGCACGAACAGCUGUGCUCUAAGGAUGCAGAUCUCCCUCCUUCACUGGAUCCUACUACAUUUUUCUCCAUAUUUGAUGAAUCGUCUGCUUCAGAAAACCAGAAUGUCAGUCAUCCUGCAGGCCACCCACAGAAAAGUGCCCGACGUCCCCUUGCUGUUCGUAAACCUUCAGAUAGUAUCACCGCCAAGGAAAACAUGCCGCCAGAAGUCUGCGAUGAGCUCCAUGGAAUUGAACCCUUAGCUGAAGAUGCAAUUUUGACUGGCUCCUACAAGAACAAAACCCUUUGCCCCAGCCCAGAAGAUACCUGUGACUUUGUUAGGGCUGCCCACUUGGCAUCCACUCCCUUCCAUGGUGUAGUGGCACAGAGAAUCCAACCUCCUACCAACCCAGAGAGUACCCUGAAGGAAGAGUGUCCAGAGCCUAAGAGCACAUCUCUGAGCCAGCAAAUCCCUAUUUGUGAGGGUAUCUACAAUGAAACUCUUUGCAUUAAGAAGCUGAGCCCAAUUAUGGAAGCAAGUCAGGAAGACACCCGUUCCUCUGGUUCAUCUGUUUCCUCAGCCUCCUCUCUUACACACAUCUCCACUAUUAAAUACCUGCAUAUUCCUGAGAAACUGGAAUUGGCUCAGAGCCUGCCUGUUGAAAUGGUUAGUGACACUGGAGGCAGUGAAGACACUACUAAUGACCCACCUCAAAUGUUGUGGAGUGCAGAGCAGCGCAGAAGGCUGUUGGACCCUCUGCCAGAUUCAUUGAGUAAUUCUCCAGGUUUUUGUUCAGAGAAUGGGCCCUUGCCUGUGAUGGAGCUGGAGAAAGAAAUAGAGCUGGGGAAUGAGAUUUACUGCAUCAAACGGGAAUACUGGACCAAUGAAGACUACAAGAUGUUCUUUGGUAUUCUAUCCAGCUUUGCCGAACUGGAUGCAAAGGGGUUUGCAAUAAAGGUGUAUUCUCAGCCUGUGCCUUGGGAUUUCUAUAUCGCAUUCCAGUUGCAGGAGCGUCUGAGUACUGACUUUGACCAAAGCUUCAGUGAGAACUGCAGCUGUUUCUUAUACCUGGAUGGCUGUGCUAUUCUGCAUAGGGAGAUAAAUCGCUUUACUCUCUGGGAUAUGAUCCAGUGCUGUAAAGACAUCCCUGAGGAAGUGAUUAUGCUGGUUGUUUACAAUAUCCUGGAUGUGGUGCAGAAGUUACACAAAGCGGAGAUUGUCCAUGGAAACUUGUGUCCAGAGGCUCUCUUCCUGGGAGACAGGAUCUGUGAUCCAUUUGCUAAUAAUGAGAUUACCACUGCUUUGAAGAUAGUGGACUUCUCUUACAGCCUGGAUGUGAGGUUGCAGCCUAGAGUGAGUUUACUCAGCAGCUUCCCAAUAGCUCAGACCCAGCAUGGACAACAGAUCCUAGCCAAGUGCUCUCUUCCUUAUCAGGUAGACUUGGUUGGUAUUGCAGAAAUAGUGCAUUUGAUGCUGUUUGGGGAGCACCUCCAGGUUUAUCAAGAAGAUUCCCUCUGGAAAAUCAGUCAGAAUUUCUCCAAGACUGUUGACAGUGAUUUGUGGAAUAAAUUCUUUAGGAGGAUUCUGAAUGCAGAUGGUAAGUCCACAGUGCCUAUGCUGAGGGAACUAAGAGAGGAAAUGAGUGGCAUGUUUAACAGCUCUGUGCAAGAAUGGUUUUGUGGCGCCUUAGCGAAAUUGGAAGAAACUUUCAGCUUGAAGAACUUCCUCUGAUCCCAUGUAGAAGGGCAACCAGCCGCCCCUUUUUACCCAUCUCAGGGGGAAUUUGCUGUUAAUACUGGGUAUGCAAUAUAUCUUCAGUGCUAAACGUGGAAAUUGGUUGCAACUGUUUCUUCAAUACUUUAACUCAUAAUAAACAUUUAACAAGUUCUAUAUAAUAUCUAGAUGUCUCUUAAACCUGGUGCACUAACUAGAUAUGUAAAGAAGAUGUUUUACCCAUUUUCUUUACCAAACUGUUCUAUGCCAGCCAGCCUCAUGUAUGACUGCUAAAUGUAUGUUUUAAUACCUAAAGCACAUUCAUGAGUUCCUCCACCUUUGUCCUGUUUUUUUGUUCUGUUCUCUACACAUGCUGUUAAUCACUGCUUAAGUAAUAAACCUAUGUUUUUGUAAGCAA